AUGGGACUCAAGAGAGGUAGAGGUGCAUCAAAGAAGAGCCAAAAAGAGACAGUCAUAGGCCAAGUUGCUGAAAGGCUGAGGUCUCCAACACCACCGCCGGCAGAAGAUGAAGAAAUACUUGUUCCAGAGCCAGAGCAGCCACAGUCUCACCCUGCAGGGGAUCAUCUCCCAGUCAUCACACCUGUUCCAGCAGCAGCCGGCAGCAAAAAGCGUACGUACAAACCAUAUUUCUAUGCAACCCUGACAGAAGCGCAAAAAGAAGAGGUCAUUGACUGGCUUAAAGACACUCCUUCCAUCUACUCAAAGAGACUGACAUAUUAUAGAGACCCGCAGAACAAAGAGAAGCUAUGA